GAGGCUGCUUGCCUCGUUGAAAUGAAACACACCACAUCAAAUUCCCUAUUGUGUGAUAGAAUCUGCGUGCUGCUUGGCCUGUGAAAGAAUUGGAAAGUGGUUCAAUACGGUUAUACCCACGCAUACAGCUGCUCCAAUAUUUCAGCCUCAUUGAUGGCCGCGUCGGCAAUGGAUGCGUCUACGGGGGCAGGAGCCACAUUGACAUUAAAUCUCUCUGACGACGGGCUCUAUGCUGCCCAUGUCAACGGAAAAGACCUGAUUCUCUAUGCCGACCCAGCUUCCGAAAACAACGAAGCCCAGGUCGUCAGGAUCAAAGAGAACGGCGUCAAAUAUCUGAAAUUUUGUCCUAUAUCGACAUCAUCCGGAAGAUUCAACCAAAAUUCAGAACGACGACUUCUCAGUGCUAAUGACUCUCGCAUUUCAGUAUGGCAGCUGGAGCCAUUGCAAAUCUUCGCGGAAAUUGAGAAUCUCGAGCCCGGAGCAUUGAGCAUCGACUUUGGCAAAGAUGGAAACGAAAUACUCGUCUUCCAUGCCUGGAACACAAAACUCACAAUCCACUCACUCGAUACUGGUCGAAGCUCAGUGAUCAAGACGCCAAAGGGUGCCAACCCCCUUGGAUUCGGAUAUCGUCCAAAUACUAGGCACCUUGCUUUCUUAUUAAAGCCCGACGCAUCUGAUUUGUUGACCAUCCAUGAGCCCCAGACCCAUGAGCUAGUAGGUCGGGCUGUUCUGCCGACUAUCGAUGCACAAGGUCUGAAAUGGAGUCCCGAUGGGAAGUGGCUUGCCGUCUGGGAUGUUGCAAGUGGUGGCACUAAAGUGCUGGUUUACACUGCGGAUGGACAGCUAUUCAGGACCUACACUGGACCCGCGGGAGUAGACGAUGCAUUCGAUUUGGGCGUGAAGCAAAUUGAAUGGAGUUCUGUAGCUGGUUCAAACGGGACUUCGGAGGUUCUUGCAGUGGGAAAAGUCAAUGGCAAUAUUGAUCUGCUACGAACCCGCACGUUCUCAUCUUCAAUUACUUUAUCACACCUUUUCCAAGCUGAUCAACACGCACCGAGUAUCUGGCGCGAGCGUUUCACCAGCGCCGUCGGUGAUGCGGACUACGUUGAAACUUCAAGCUCGUCCGCCUCAAACAUGAGUCCCGAAUCAUCAGGGCCAUCACGGGGCGUUGCAAUCAUGACAUUCAGCUCUGAUGGAACCCUUUUGGCAACCGUGGACUCCAUGCGAUCCAACGUCGUCUGGAUAUGGGCUCUAGAUGGCUCUCCCAGGCUGGCUUCCGCCUUGGUACACGAGCAACCCGUUCGGCAGCUUGCUUGGCACUCUUCAACACCACAACUGCUGAUCAACACGAUUACCAAUAAUCUACCUACUAUACGAUGGUGGUCACCGAAUGCUCACCCUGUGAUCGCUCGGGUUCCUACCCACAAGAGCGAGAGCGGCAAGUAUGAAGUGAAAUGGCUGGCGGAAUCAGAGCCCGACUCGGCCUUUUGGUUUGCAUCUACGGAGGAAUAUGUGGUAGGAUAUUUGUCUGCAGAAGAAGACUCGGUAAAUUUUGAGGUCCUGAACUCGGUGACAAGUCAAGGAUAUGGUGGAGAUGCUGGAAGUAUGCUGAGCAGGUAGCCAAGGGAAUGGUUGCCGUGCUAGAUCUCUUAAUGUUGACUGGGGAUGAUGAAUCCACGACUGAAAGAUGCAUUGGAUAUAAAUUUGGCAUUCAGCCCGUGUAAAUGCUCUUCAAUAAUCAUAUUCCUCCAAGAUGGUCACAUUCAUUAAU